GGAGAAUUUGGACCCGUCAUUGUUGUUGUUACUGAAUGGGGCAAACAACGAAUGGACCCAAAUUUUAAUGAAAUUGGAUCAUAUACCAGAUUCUAUGCCAGAUGUACCACUUCGGUGGAAGUAAUUCUCAUCAAAUAAUAAAUUCAAAUAACAUUCAUUAUGGCAACGACAAUCGAACACCAUCAUCUGGCACACAUCAAGAAUUACAAUCACCAUAUAUGUACUCCAAUCAUCAAAUACACCAACGAAAUAUCCCUGAAACACAGAAGGAAAAUCUUCAAAAUGCAGCUCUUGAAUCACAUCAAUUUAUGGCAACAACAUCAGCAACAAACCGAGGUAAUGGAAACAGUAGCACGGCUCUACUACGACAAUGGCGUCGUCGAAGUACGACCAAUCAGAUGAAACAACAAUUAUCCCCUACCCAACAAAUUCAACAAUCCUCACCGCCGUUACAACAUCAUAAUACAAAUCAAAUUAUUCAACAAUCAACUGUUGCUAGUCAUCAAAUUAACAACAAUGUACAACAACAAUCACAACAAUAUCCAGUCUCUACUCCGUCACAUAUAACUGGACACACCGAACCAACGCCACAACAAAUGCGUCAACAUUACCCAACAACAAAUGAUAUUCUAGAAACUCAACAUCAUUCUCAUGCAACAAAAUAUUAUCCAUCGUUACCAACCAAUACAACAUCUCCAACAACACCAACUCAACCAAAUCUAGAUCAAAUAAUGGACGUUAAUUAUUAUAAUCGUAACGAACCAUCUGCUUAUUAUGGUGCAAAAAAUCAAAAUCAACCAAAACCAAAAUACCCACAAAAUUAUCCAACAUAUUCACCACAAAUGGGAUACAAUAAACCUACCGCCGUCAUGAAUCCGCCACCACCUCCUUCGGUUCAAACAAUAACCCAACAGAUUUCGUAUCAAAAUCAUGUUGCAAAAGGUUCACUGUAUCGUAAUUACGAUCAAACAAAUGCGGAAUUAAUGCGAAAUCGUUCAUUUGUCAAUGAAACAACUUCAUCUUUUCCAUACGAUCCAUAUUCAAGAGGUCAACAAAAAUUAGUUAGCAAUGAUUAUUACCAUCAAAUGGGCUAUAAAUUACCCCCACCCAACAAUGUAUAUAAAAAAUCAUCGUAUAUUCCUUCGCCGUAUCAUCCCGCACCCAGCGAAGAUUAUUAUAAGUAUCAAGUGAACCCAGAGCAUACUGAUAUGAGUGCAAAUAAUUAUAAUAAUCCAUCUUUAGGAACAGCAUACGAUCCAAAUUGGUUACAAUGCUGUUCAGAAAUGAAAUCAACACCACGAUAUCCAUGUUAUCCAGAACCAAUGAUACGAAAAUGUAAUAUGAACACAUACACACCUUCAGGACCACCUACGGCCUCAUAUCAGCAACGUUUACGAUAUGACGAAUAUAACAAUUUUAAUUACAAUAGUAAUGUUGUUAAACCCCAACCAGUGACCCCAAAUAAGUAUCCAACAUGGGAUCAAAAUAAAAAUUAUUGUACAACGAUAGCUGAUAAAUAUCCAUUUCAUGGGUAUGGAACGAAUUCAUUACCUUCUAGUGGAACCAACUAUUAUAACACAGAAAAUUAUCUGCAACCAGAAAAACAAGUUAGAUAUCAUCAAAAUAUUUUGGAUCCGUAUAAUAAUUAUUCGAAUAAACAGCAUUUUAUGUAUCCAAAUUGGAGAAUGAAUACACAAGCGACAAAUGGAUCAGAAAUUAUUGAUUUUGAGAAUCACAUUAAAGUAAAUCGAACUCAAAAAUAUGAGUAUGCAAAUAAAUCGAAGUUAAAUUUAAAAGAAUUUCUAGAAACUUGGGAUGAAGACGAAGAAGCUGAAGAGAAUCAAAAUAAUCAUACGAUUAUUAACUUACCAGAUGUUGUUUUAAGUAAUAAAGCAUCCAAGGAAGAUGAAAAUAUGUUAUAUAUUCUGGAAUCAACAAACAUCCCAGAGGAAACUGUUUGGAGCGAUUACAAACAUAUUCAACAAAUUGAUAAACUACCGGAUAACAUAAAAUUAGUUGAAGAAAUAAAAACACCAAAUGAAUUAACUUCAGAUAAAUUACAACAUGAAUUCGAUGCAAUAAUUCCAGAUAGUACUCGUUGUGACACUGUUAUCAAGUCUCCGGAUACCACAGCAGAUUGCAUACAGACCACAAUUGAAGAUACUUUGAGUAUAUUAGAAAAUGAUGGCGAUAUUGUUUCCUCGACGUGUAGUGUUAUUAAAUCACCAACUGGAAUUGCAAGCAGUGAAAAACCAGAGAAAUCUGUAAUUGAAAUAAAAAUUUUAGAUAAUUCAAUUGUUGAAAAUGUGACUACCACUUACAACAGUAAAGCAACAAUCAUCGAUUUUGAAACAAAGGACAUUACAGUAAAAUGCAACGGUCACUGUUCAUUUAUAAAUAAGUGUGAACAAUGUCAAACUGAUGAUAUUAUCAAUGAAUUAAUCAGCCCACGUAUCUCAGAAAUUUGUACUCAAUCGAAUUUAAGUCACUAUUCAUCAAGUAAAUGUGGUGACGAGGAUGAAGACGAUAUCGAAGAGGAUCAAGAUGAAAAUUCAUUUAAUAGUAUUUCAGAGAAUGAAAUUUUAGAUUUACGACGAGCGGAUGAUGAAAAACGAUUUAAUUUUGAGAAUCUUAUAACGAAAUUACAUACGGAUAAUUCACCGAAGAGUUUAACAGCGAUUUGUACAGAAAAAUAUAUAUCGGAACAAUUUAAUGUUACGACCAUUGCUAUUAAACAUGAUGACACGGUAGAAUUAAAAAUGGUUGAUAAUGAGGUAUCUGAAUUGAAUGAAAAUGGUGUACUUGAUUUAUCAGAACGACGAAAUAGUCAACUUAGUGAAAGUAUUAUUACUGAUGUUAAGGAAUUUCCACAUAUUAAACGACAUUUAAGCGCUGAUGAUCGAAUAUUUGAUGAACAUGAAGUAAAAAGUCCAAAAUCACCUAAAAUUGAAACUCAAACCACAAAUGCUUCAACUCAAAAUGAUUCUAAGACGGACAAUCAUUUAAAAUCACAAAUUGUAGAACUUAAUGAUCAAAUAAAAUUUGUACCAUUAGAUUCAUCAACUGAAUCAAGUGAAUCAAAAAUUCAAAAUUCAUCAUCUGAAUUAAAUCCAAAAUUAGUUCAGAAUGAUUGGGGUCGAAUUAAAAUGAAAUCGGAAUCAGAACAGAGUAAUACUUCAGAAACAAAUAAUACCCAUCAAAAUAUUGAUGGAAACCAAAGUAUAGAUGAAAACAAAGUAGAAAAAGACCUUAAUGAUAAAGUGAGUGAAACAAUUAAUUAUUGCGAAGAUAAUAGUUUAUCUGUAAACAGUGAAACAUCCUCUAAUUGUCUAUCAGAUAAUGAUAAUAAUUAUAUAAACAAUGACAAAGUGACUGAAGAUAACGUUAUAUCUAGAGAUGUUGAUUCUAUAUCAGUUCAACAAUCCGAUAAUUUUCCAUCAACUUCAAGUCCCAAAUUCGAAGAAAAUCGUCACGAUAAUAAAAGAAAUUUAUCACCCCUAAAUCCUCAAAUCGUGUCUAAUGUUUGUAAAAAACAGGAACUGAACCCAAUUAACGAUGGACUUUCUAAAUCAAGUAGUGAAAUUGAAUACGAAGAUAACAUCAAUGAAAUGGAUGUAAAUGAUAAUACUGUACCUAAAAGAAGUAGCCUUGAAGAACAACAGGUUGAGAAAAUUAACAAUGCUCAAGAUUCUGAAUCAUCUCCUCGCGAUGAAAAUAAAGGUGGAGACAUUGAACCUUCUGUUUCUGAGUAUGAAGACAGUGAAGAUUCGAAAUCAAUAGAUACAAUUUCUGAAAACACCUCAAAUGAAACUUCGUCAGACAUCGACUCUUAUGUACAAUCGCCAAUUCAUGUUGAAAAUAGUGUAGUGGCCAAAAUAAAAACGCCGAUGAAUAUUGAAAGAAAUGAAAAAACUGUAAUUAAAACACCACUUUCAAGCCCUGAAUCAAUAUCCGAAACUGUAAAAUCACACUCCGAAAGUAUGGCUAGUGUUAUUUCAAACUGUGAUGAAAAUUCUGAAACUGCAAUUUCUAACACAAUAGAAGAGAGUGACAUUGGAAAUACAAAACAUCAGAAUUUUUUUGUAAACGAGACAAAUUCAGAACCUGGGGAGGAGAUCGAAAACGAAAAGCAACAAGUUAUUAACGAAGAAAAUAUUUUUGAAAAACAACAGGUUGACGACAUUUCCUUAAGUAGACAACGAGUCCAUGAAAUAGCUAACGAAAAACAAAACCUCGACGAUACCACUGAUGGCAAUAUUUUUACAGAAAAACAAUCUGAAAAAAAGAUUGAUAUCGAAAAUGAACAUAUUGAUGAUAUUGCUAUAGGUACACAACCUGAUAACGAAAAAGAUAAAAAUUUUUAUGAUAUGGCCGAUAUGACACUUGACAACGAUAUUGAUAACCAAGUACAACAUGCUGAAAACAUGGCCGUGCGAACACAACAUAAAAACGAUGGUAAAGAAUUUGUUGACGAUUAUACCAUCCUAGCCAGAAAUGAUAUUGACAUCGAAGAGCAACAUGUUGACUGUAUUUCCGAAAAAAUACAACAUGCCAAAGAGGUUAUUGAAAAAGAACAUUCAGACAAUAUUUUCGCUGAAAAACAACAAAGUAAAAAUGAAAUUGAGACACAAAAUAUUUCCGUCGAAACAAAACACUUCAACAAAAUGGAUUGGGACGAACAUGUUGACAAUAUUGUCGUACAUCAAGACGACGAGAAUGCAACUGGCAAAGAACAUGUUGACGAUAAUAUUAUUAAUCAGGAACUUCAAGAACAUAAUGAAGAAGAAAAAUCAUGUGUUCAUAAAGUUGCCCAAAGCUCAGAACAUACCGAUGAGAUCUCUAACGAAAAUCCACAAAUUGGCAGUAUUACCGUUGAAACACAACCUGAAAAUGACACAAAUUUAGAAAAACAAUGCGAAAAUAUUGCCGACGAAUCAGAACAUAAUGACCAUAUUUUCGUUAAAACGCAACAAGAUGAUGGUUUGGAAAAACGACAUGUCAACAAUAUUUUUGAUGAAAAACCAACUGCAGACGAUAUUAAUAGUGAAAAACAAUUUGUGGACAAUAUUUUCUGUGAAUCACAAGAUAAUAAUGUCGAUAACGAAGAAAUCGUUGAAACAGAACUUGACAUGGACACACGACAUGAUAAUGAUAUCGAUGAACAAAAACAAAAUGUUGAUGAAAUUUCCGUCAGCGAGGAGAUCUAUAUCGAGAAACAACAUAUUACAUUACACGGCGACGAAAUUAUUACUAAAGAACCGCAUGUUGAAAGUGAUGGAAUUUUAAUAGCCAAUGAAAAUUCAGAAAUUACGACAGAAAAUAUUUCGAAUCAAUCUUCGAAAACAAUAGACAGUACCGAUUACAUUGAAGAACACUCAGAAAUUGUAAAUUCCGUGAAUAUAGAUGGCUCAGUUCCAAUGGAUCCGUGGAUCCAAUUAACAGAAGAUAUAAUUGCUCAAACAAAGACAUCUAUUUUUAAUACUUUUCAUAUUGAUCAUAAAACUUCGGAAAAUUAUUCUACGAAUGAACAAAUCAAUGAAAAAAAUUUCAACAUUGAAUCUUUGUCCUCUUUAUGUAGAAGAAAAUUAGAUGAAAAACAAGCAGUUAAAGAUAAUUCGAAGCCAUCAUCUCCUUUACCUGCUGACAACUGUUCUGAAAUUUAUGAUCAGGUAUGUUAUGAAGAAGUUAUUGAUGAAAACAUGCAAAGCGAUGAUGAAAAUGAAAAUAUAUUAAUUGAGAAUUCCGAAGAAAAUUAUCAAGAUGCAGAAGCUGAUACGGAAGUUAUAGAUGAUAUAAGUGAUGAAAACAUUGUUUUAAUUAUCGAGUCCAACGACGAUGAAUCCGAUGAAACUGGAUUUUUAGAUGAUAGUUCAACAAUAAUAAUAGCAUUUGACGAUGAAUUAUUAGAAUCGAACAAUAUCGAAAAUGAUGAAACUGGUCAAGUUAGUUUUCAAAUAAAUUCUGAAAAUGAAUCAAACUCAAAUGAAAUUAAUACUGAUUCAAUUAUUGAAAAAGAAAUUCAAUUAGAAAUUGAAAAUAUUUUAACGAAAGCAACUGAUGAAAAUGAAACAGAACUUGAAGAAAAUGAACCUCAAAUACAAAAUGAAGUGAGUCAAAACGAAGAAUUAAGUGAGUCAAUUUCCAAUUCACCUAGAGUAGAUGAAGAUUUUGAAAAUGAAAAUCCAAAUUUAUGGUUGUACACUGAAGAAGAAGUUAUAUCAAAAUUCGAUGAGGAAAUUAAGAACGAUGAGCCAACGGAUUCUCCUAUAUCAAAUGAGGAAUCCGAAUCUAGUGAAAUAAUUCCAUCACCAAAAUUGAAUGAAACAGACAAAAAAGAUUAUUCUAUUGAGAAAUUGGAUGAAUCUUUUAAAUCAAACAAGAAAAUCGAAAGUAGUGAAAUAAGUUCGUCAUCCAAUUACACUGAAGAAGAGGAAUCCUGCAAGAAAUCCGAUGAAGAAAUUGAAGUUGAGAAAUCCGAUGAAAAAGAGAAACCUGAAGAAAUAAUUGCAAAUGAAAAUGAUAUUAAAAAUGAAGAAGAGGUGCAACCCGCUGAAGAGAUUCGUAGUAAUAAAAAACGUCGUAAAUCGGACGAAGAAGAAAAUAAAUCUAGUGAAAUUAAAUUCGAUAAAGAAAAUAUAGUUAUAUCCAAGGAGGUGAAGAAAUACGAUGAAGAGAUUGAUCAUAAUAAAAAACGUCGUAAAUCAGACGAUGAAAAAAGAAAACAUAGUGGAAUUGAUACAGUAAGUAAUGAUAAGUAUACGGAGGUGAUAAAAUCCACCGAACAGAUAGAUAGCAAUAUAAAACGUCGAAAAUCAAACGAUGGAGAACAGAAAUCUAUUCAAAAAACAGCCGAUAAAGAAAGUAAAAUUAAGUGCACGGAAGAAAUAAAAUCCGCCGAAAAUAAAAAACGUCGUAAAUCAGAUGACGGAAAAAUGAAAUCUAGUGAAUUAGAAAUUAAUAAAGAAAGUAAUGUUAAAUGUACACUGACAAUGAAAUCCACUGAAGACAUCGGUAGUGAGAGUAAAAAACGUCGUAAAUCAAAUGAAGAGGAAUCUUCUGGAAAAAUGUUUGUAGAAAAAUCUGGUAACAUACAACGAACUUCUUCGGAUCAAGGUUCGUCCUCAAACGAGACAGAUAAAUCAUUCAAGACCAAAGAAAAUAUCGGUGAUUUAAAGAAUAAAUAUAACAAAAAUUAUAAAAAAAAUAAAUUUAAAUAUGAAAAUUUUCGCGGUAGUUGUAGCGAAUAUGAACGUAAACGUUCAAAACAUGAAGGUAAAACAUCAAAAUAUUUACCACAUUCAUAUAAAAGUAAUUACCAUUCGAAGGACUCGUCGAAAGUAAUCGAAAAAAACAAUAAUAGUGAAAAUUUUAACGCAAACGAAAUGAGAGAUGAUGCAAAAACAGCAAGCUCAAAUGUUUGUAACAUAUUAAAUAACUAUGAUAAAUAUUUUGAGCAGCAGCGUAUGGUAGCUAAUUAUAAAAUACCAAAAUUAAGUAGCUCAACGUCAUCCAAACAAGAAUAUCCAAAAAACAGUUUAGUUGUAAGCAAUAAUAAUAAAACGAAAUCUAGUGAUAAUCAAAAUAGUCAUGGUAUUAAAAUUAAAAUAAAAAAUAUAACUGAUCAAGUUUACAAAAGUGGAUAUCGGAAUAAGGGAGCUGGUUCUUCCAUCAAUCAAUAUAAAAUCAUUAAUAAACAUUCUAUAAAUCAAUCAUUAAUAUCGUCAAAUAAAUUAAUCAACGAUAAUAAUAAAGUUGUACCAAAAGUGAUUAUAAAACGUGAAACUAGUACAAAUUGUAAACAAAAUAUAACAAAUCAAACUGAUAAACAUCAUAUGUUUACAACAAAUUUAAUAUUAAAUAAUGCAUUUAAAUGGCAGCCAUUUGUACGUAUUGUACGCGAUACAAAAAUUGAUCGAAUGGCAUUAAAAUUAUAUAAGCAACAAAAGAUUAUAUUAAAAAUUAAUCGUGUUAAUAACAAUAAUUAUCAUUAUUGUAGUAGUGAGAGUAGUCAAACAUCUUCACCAUCAGCAUCUGCAUCAUAUAAAUCAGCAUCGUUUAAGUGUAGAAUUAAAUUAGAUAAAAAUAUGUUACCUGCAAUUGUUCAGAGUACAGAAUUUAACAAAGACUGAAAAAUGUCCCAUUCAAUUUUCAUAUUGAUGUAUCAUUUAAAACAAUUGGAUGUGCUUUUUUGGUGUAAAAAAAUUGAUUCAACAGAUAGGCUGAUCAUUGUGGUAAUAACCUACACUGAGGGACACUUGCUCAAUUUAACGUGCUUUAGGGAAAAAAUUUCAGCUAAAUUUCUGCCAAUGAUGUUUUCUAGAAAACAUAUAUCGAAGCUGCGAUAUUUAACCUGAUGAAGAUUUUUGUUACGCCAAUAUAUAUUUUUCAAGAAACGCCAUUUCCUUAAAAUUUCGAAGUUAUCAUGUGGUAUAAGGGGUCAAUCAUUAAUUACGUAAGCAUGUUGGGGUGGGAGCAUGUUGAUAAAUCGAUUGAUGUGCUUAUGUGAGGGGUAGGUUAGAGGGACUUUAAACCUAUUCUUACGUAAGAUUUUUUGAGUUGAAAUUUAAUAUUAGAAAUAAUGUAUGUAUCUUACAGUCAAUAAAAAUGCGACACUUAUAUACAUCAAAUAUAUUUGGUGACACUAAGCAUAUUAAAAAAUGUGUACCUAUUUUUCAACCAUCAAAUAUAUCUGAUACAUAAAGAAAUGUCGCAUUUUUUUCUCCUCGAGAUACAUCGUGAAAUAAAGUCCGGGUGGUAAGAAUAAAAAUUAUUAAUUUACGUCAAACUGUGAGUUUUAGUGUAACUGAUCCUUUUCUAACAACGUUUUAUUAUUCGACAAUACGAAAUUGAAUCUUACGUAAGAUGGGGGAGGGGGGUUUUGAGAAAUCUUAUCUAUGCUUACGUGGGGGGCGGGGGUUCAAAAUUAUGCUUACAUAAUUAAUGAAUGGCCUCUAAUAACUGCAUAUUUGGCCCCCCCUCUAACUUAACCUCUUGUACCGAUAAAGAUAGCCUCCUUGUGUUCCCUUAUGAACGCCAGUUUUGACCUUUCAUUACGGUGUGGUUAAUAUUAUAAACGAUGACGUCGUCGCUUUGGGCAAGCCACAACCAAUAGCUUAGAUUCAAUUAAAUGCUAACUGAUAAACCACCAGAGCUAUGCCAAGUGUUUUAAUACGUUGAUAUGUUAAGAGUUGAAUAUUAUUGGCAUAAAAUGAAUUUAGGCGUAAUCCUUAGACUUCUUCUAAGUGUUAUAAGAAAUAAGAGAAAUAAACAGGGCCAUUUAUUGAAUUCCUGUCAUACCUGGUUUUUCAAGAAGACUUACUGAAUAUUUUGGCUAGUUAGUCUAAACGGUCAUCUAUUUUCUCUGGCGCUGAAAUACUCUUUCUAGCAUUGAGAAGGCAAUCUCUAGAAUGAUUACUCCGACCUUUUCUUCCUCCUACGUUGAAAAAAUACUGUUACAUGAGAUAAUUGAAAAGAAAUACAUAGAUCAAUUGUGUAUUUGCAUAAAAUGAAAUAUAUGAUACUAGACAAAAUUUAUUCAAAAAAUUAUGCCAAUAUUAUUUGCUCAAAAUAAAUAAUUUCGUAAUAUUUAAUCCUUCCAUUUUUUCAUUAUGACUCACCUUGCCUAAAUAAUUCUCAACUAAUAAGAAUCAAACAUAUCAAUUCAAGUACAGCCGUCUAUUUCGUAUUGAGUAUCUACUUAACUGAUUAAUUAAU